AUGGUCUUCUUCAAGUCAGCCCUCGUUGCGUCUGCAGCAGCUGGUGCUUUGGCGGUGCCUUACACGCAGCCCAACACACUCGACCUCAACAACACAAAUUCCAUCAAGGCCGUUGCCGGCAGCCUUGCUCAUGGCGCAAUGUCCUACUACAAUGGCAACGUCUCAUCAGACGCCAAGAUGGUCGGUGACCUGCCAGAACCCUAUUACUGGUGGCAGGCCGGUGCCCUCUGGGGAGCCAUGCUGGACUACUACCACUACACUGGUGACCCAAGCUACAACGAAGUUAUCGCCCAGGCCCUCACUGCCAAGGUCAACACAGGACCCAACUUCGACUUCAUGCCCCCAGAACACGCUUCGGAGGAGGGCAAUGAUGAUCUGGGCUUCUGGGGCUUUGCUGUCAUGGCCGCUGCUGAACGCAACUUCACUCAGCCAAAUCCAGACGCCCCGUCCUGGCUCCAGAUGGGCAUCAACAUCUUUGAUUCUUUGGCAUCUCGCUGGAACACAACUCACUGUGGCGGCGGUCUAUUGUGGCAGAUUUACGAGAGCAACCCCAACGGCCUGAACUACAAGAACUCAGUCAGCAACGGCGGCUUCUUCCAGCUCGCUGCACGACUGGGUCGCGCCACUGGCGAACAGAGGUAUUUUGACUGGGCCAACAAGGUCUGGGACUGGUCAGAGAAGGUCGGCUUCAUCGACGCUGACCUGAAGGUCUAUGAUGGCGCCGACUCUCGCGACGAAUGCACCAAGGUCAACCCUCUCUCCUUCACGUACUCCACGGGCAUCUACCUGUAUGGUGCGGCCGUCAUGGCCAACGCCACUGGACAAUCUGUCUGGCACGAUCGCGCGGUCAAGAUGUUGGACACCUCCAAGCACUUCUUUGGCCCCUUUGAGAACAGCACAAACAUCAUGUACGAACCUGCGUGCGAGACUGUCGGCACAUGCAACACGGAUAUGAAGACAUUCAAGGGAUAUCUCUCCCGCUUCAUGUACAAGUCGGCCCAAGACUUGCCUGAGCUCAAGCCCGAGGUUCUCAAACUGAUGACCCCCACGACCCAGGCUGCUGCCAAUGCCUGCACCGCAAAUGACACUGGCGUCGUCUGUGGCCAAAAGUGGUACGUUGGCGGCAAUGAUCAGUCCUUGGUUUUGAACGACAAACUGCAUGCUUCUGCCAAGGGGUCACUGAGCGCCAAUGGCAACUUCGACCUUUUGCAGGAGAACAUUACUUCGGGCAAACUCAACAUCGAUUCUCGUGGAAGCCAACCCGGGGCAAACGGUUUGAAGACCACCAUUGAUUACGAGGUCAAGCACCAGAUCAGGCUCAAGGGCGACGGCUCUUUCAAGGCAGGCUUCACAGACCAAGCGAGUUUCGGCGAGAAAUGCAAUGACGGGCAUCGUCUUGUCCUCGGCGCUUGGAACGUUGCUGCGAUUGUUGCUGGAUCGCAAGUUCUCUUCUGGGGCAUUCUCUGA